UAAAUACCGUACAUGAGAUCACCUGUUCAGGUUUGUGAAACAUUGAACUCCACUCAAGCUUCACUAAGAGCCGAAGAGAAGUCGUCCUCUCAUCAUGAUCAUCAAGUACGUCACCUUUGCCCUGGUUGUCCUGGCUGUCGCCAUGGCUACGGUGGAUGCCAAGAAGCCAGAAGGGAAGCCAAAAGAAAAUAAAAUGCCUUGUCCUCGGCUGCUGGAACUCUACGACACCUGCAUCUCCGCUGAACCCCCCAGAAACUGCACUCAACUCGACACUCUCAUCAACAAAAAAGGAUGUAGAGUAACAACACAGAAGCCCCUACAACCGUGGAACCUACACCUAUUUAAAGAACAAGACACGAAUACACUGGAUGGACACUGGAGCGAAGAACGAAAAUAUUUCAUCGACUUUUGUUGUUGACGACGAGAAAUGUGGAUCUGAAACACGGUUAAUAAAAUUGUUCUGAUCAGACAGCA